ACGGGCCUGGAGUCUCCCCCUUCUCGCUCGCCGCUCGGUGUGUGUCUGUGCGCGCGCGCGCGUGUCUGUGCGCGUGUGCGCGGAGAGAAACGAUGCAGAAACUGGAAGGAGGAGGCGCAAGAGGAGGACGGCCAACUGCACACCCAGCCGCCGGAGGAAGGAGCUAAGAGCUGCAUUGCUCGAGAGACGGAGGGGCUGGCGACCUUUGCAGCGCCUGUCAUUCCAAGAUCAGCCACGCUCCCUUCUCGCCGGUCCUGCUCGUUCUUUGUAUUAUUAUUAUUAUUAUUAUUAUUAUUAUUAUUAUUGUUCGUGAUUCCGGACUCCCUUCGCCUCCCCCGCACAAAGCAAAAGGGGCGAAAAGGGGCACUGGGUGGCGAGAGCGUGAAGGAAGAACUUUGGUUACGCGUCGCGCAACUCUCGGCUCGGGAAAAGGAGACCAGCCGGCAGCCCCGGAGGCCGGCCAGGCAGGAGCCGCCGAAAGAUCAAAGCGCUUGAGGCAGGGCGAGACAGACGCCUCCUGGGAGCGACCGGAGCAAGGUGCCGGGGCUGCGCCGAGCGCACGGGGAUCGGCUUGCCUAGGGCUUCCCCGGGAAGACGGGAGCAGAACGCCCGGCCAGAACGAAGCGAAGCUUUGGAGAGGGGGCCUUGGAUACCUCGCUUUUAUGCCUCUGGUUUCUUUUUUGCUUCCUUGAACUCCGUUUUUCCCCCCUUCCUGCAACACGUCCAUAUCCACCGUCUCCGCCACAACCUCUCCUUGUGGCUGGAGCAGCCCACCGCCUUUCUAAAUACAAUUCCACCCUCCCCCGCGCCUGAGCCUUUCGGCAGGAUUGAGCACCUACUUUUGAUCGCGAAGGGUCUAAACUCGUGUGCCUUUGGGCUUUUGCAAUAUUUUGUCGGAGGGGGAAUUUAGGGGGGGAAGCCCUCGCUCUCACACGCAGUCUGACCGUUUGAACCACCCUCGAAGAAAAUAUUUCCACAUCCAGUGUUUUUUGGGGGGGGGGUAUUACUCUCUUCUCCCUCCCUCUUUUGCUGCACGGAUUUUUUUCCUUCGUGUGUGGGGGGGAGAAAACCCACUCGCUUCCUUUAAAUAAACUGCAGGAAUUCUCCCCCCCCCCGCGUUGUGGAUUUAGAAGGAUUUUUGAAGAGGGAGACGAGCGAAGGGGAGCCUGAGGGGAAUUAAAGCCCGAGCCUUUUAAGAGACUGGCGUAUGCUUCAGCUUACUUUGGCUGUUUCUCCGCCGCCCCCAGAAGCAGCCUCAGCCGCGCGGCCGCCGCCGCCAGCUCCGCCAUCAGGGUCCGUCCUCUGCUCCCGCUUCGUCCCAAUCAUUUCAGGCUGCUUAUACUGGCUGCCUGGACUCGGAUCCCGGAUUCUUCAUGAGUUGCGGACGACAUGCCCGUUUUUUAGCCGGGGAAUCUUAUUCUCGUCCCGCAUGUUCAGGACCAAACGAUCGGUGCUCGUCCGACGACUCUGGCGGAGCCGCGCGCCCGGCGGGGAGGAGGAAGGCGGAGAACUUGGAGAGGGAGCCGCGGACAGCCGGGCGCAUGGGGCCGGAGGCGGCGGCGGCGGCGGCGGCGGAGGGAGCCGGGGCUGCUGCAUGGGCAAGUCGGGGAAACUCGCCAAGGCGCACAUCGGAUCGGAGGCUGAACUGAAGGCGCUGACCCACUCGGUGCUGAAGAGGCUGAAGGAGAAGCACUUGGAAGGGCUCCUGCAAGCCGUGGAGUCCCGGGGCGGCGCCCGGACCGCGUGCCUCCUGUUGCCCAGCAAGGUGGACUCCAGGCUGGGCCAGCACUGGUACUCCCUCCCGCUGCUGCUGUGUAAAGUCUUUCGGUGGCCCGAUCUCAGGCACUGCUCGGAAGUCAAGCGGUUAUGUUGCUGUGAAUCCUAUGGGAAAGCUCACCCGGAUUUGGUCUGCUGCAAUCCGUAUCACCUCAGCAGGCUCUGCGAGCUAGAGUCUCCUCCUCCACCCUACUCCAGAUACCCAAUGGAUUUUCUCAAACCCACUGCAGGUUGUCCAGAUUCUGUGCCUUCCUCCACUGAGACAGGGGGAACUAAUUAUCUGGCCCCUGGGGGGCUUUCAGAUUCCCAGGUUCUGCAAGAACCGGAGGAUUCAUCACACUGGUGCGUGGUGGCAUACUGGGAAGAGAAAACACGUGUGGGUCGGCUGUAUUCUGUCCAAGAGCCCUCCCUGGAUAUCUUCUAUGAUCUACCUCAGGGGAAUGGCUUCUGCCUCGGACAGCUCAAUUCGGACAAUAAAAGCCAGCUGGUGCAGAAAGUCCGCAGCAAAAUCGGCUACGGCAUCCAGCUCACCAAGGAAGUCGAUGGGGUGUGGGUGUACAACCGCAGCAGCUACCCGAUUUUCAUCAAGUCGGCCACACUGGACAACCCCGACUCCAGGACGUUACUAGUUCACAAAGUGUUCCCAGGCUUCUCCAUCAAAGCAUUUGACUACGAGAAAGCGUACAGCUUGCAGAGGCCCAACGACCACGAGUUCAUGCAGCAGCCCUGGACUGGCUUCACUGUUCAGAUCAGCUUCGUCAAGGGCUGGGGCCAGUGCUAUACGAGGCAGUUCAUCAGCAGCUGCCCAUGCUGGUUGGAGGUCAUUUUUAAUAACCGAUGACUUGAGACUCGGACUGGACUCAACAGUGACAUUUUAUAACUACUUUGCUGCUAAAUAUCUCCUUCUGAGUGCUUGCUUUUUCAUGCAAACUUUUGUUUGUUUGUUUGUUUUGUUUUGAGAAAUAGCUUAUGGAAAGAUUCCUUCCUUCCCUCCCUCCCUCCCUCCCUCCC